AUGUCUGAGCCCGGAAACCACCCUCUUAGAGACGAACUUGCCGACAAGAAAAUCAUCGACUUUACCGACGAGGAGCUGAUUGAAGCUGGCUUCAAAGGCGAUGGCGAGUAUGUUCCCGAGUCUGUUACGACGACGAUUAGCCAGAUCAAGGCACGGCCCUCGCUUUUAGGCUUCGUGACUGGAUUGAUGGUGUACUGCCAGAAGCAAGACGCACUCAAUAAAAUUUCUGCUGCUCCUUCCCCAGGCCCCGUCUCCCCAACGACGAGCGAAUCCUCCGGUCCCUUCGCCGAAGUCACCGUCCCUUCAGACAGUGCUCUCACCCCCGUUGGCGGCGAUCUCGUCUCCCCAUUCGAACAAUACAACUACUACAUCGGCAUCUGCGAGGACGACAACGACGUCCCCGUGCUCUAUUAUCGCACCAGUCUCAAGAAAGCUCCCUUCCCGAUGCCUAAGCCUGGGGACCGAGUUUUCAAAGUCGCGAAAAAGACCGUACACGGGCCGUUCGACAAGGUGCUCACGAGGAACCUCUGGAACAAUACCGUUGGUCCUAAGAUCAUCGAUCAUGUUCUCGAUGCAGGCGGUAUCAAGUACGCAUCGCUCCAAGCUGUCCGCUUCUCUGCUUGCGACGAGGAGGGAAAGGAGAAUCUCGGCCCCAUCGUCGUGUGGCUUGGUACGCAUCCUGGAACCACUACUGCUGAACGUGCCCGAGAUGUCUCCCCCGACAUUCUCAAAAUUCUCUCUGACCACGGAGUCAGCGGCGCGGAGGUCGAAUGGUACGAGGCCAGGGCGGAGCGUCUUGGCAGCUCCUCAGCGAAGGCCGCUUGA